CACACUCUGACGUGUGUGUAGUUCUAUUGUUUAUACACUCCGAUACGGAUGUUGUUUUAUUGUGUUAUAUGUAUAUUUAUUCUAUUAAUUCGCCAGUUGCCAGGAGAGCUUAUUUAGACAUCACACAAUCCGUACAUCUCGGAGUAGUGCUGAAUCUGAGAGUCGGUGGCCAUAGUUACUUUACUUAAACAUCACACAAUCCCUACAUCCCGGAGUUACCUGAGAGUCGGUCGCCAUAGUUACUUUACUUGGACAUCACACACUCCCUACAUCCCGGAGUAAUCUGAGAGUCGGUCGCCAUAGUUACUUUACUUGGACAUCACACAAUCCCUACAUCCCGGAGUAAUCUGAGAGUCGGUCGCCAUAGUUACUUUACUUGGACAUCACACAAUCCCUACAGCCCGGAGUAAUCGGAGAGUCGGUGGCCAUAGUUACUUUACUUGGACAUCACACAAUCCCUACAUCCCGGAGUAAUCGGAGAGUAGGUGGCCAUAUAGUUACUUUACUUGGACAUCACACAAUCAGUACAUCCCGGAGUAAUCGGAGAGUCGGUGGCCAUAGUUACUUUACUUUGACAUCACACAAUCCCUACAUCCCGGAGUUAUCUGAGAGUCGGUGGCCAUAGUUACUUUACUUGGACAUCACACACUCCCUACAACCUUGAUUGAUCUGAGAGUCGUCGCCAUAGUUACUUUACGGGGACAUCACAGAAUCCCUACAUCCCGGAGUAGUGCUGAAUCUGAGAGUCGGUCGCCAUAGUUAUUUUCUGUAUCAUAAAGCAGGCACUUUCAGAAAGAGGUGACCACAUUGACGAUGUCUUCCAUGAGUUAACCGGAUGGACUACCUCACACUUAGAGCUCUGUGUCGUUCUCGUGUUGUCCUGGAUGUUCAUUGUAGGUGAGCGUUACGGUCGGUGACCUGUGACUCCGUCCUGUAAUCAACAACGACUAGCUGAAGUGUUACUAAAGGGAGGUAAAUCGUCCGAAAAUGUCUCGACCAAUCAAAGACAGCAGAGGCAAGUCCAUUCAUCAUACGUACGAUAAUACGGCGUUCACUAUUAGUUAUCCUUUCAAUGAAAACGGUGAUGGCAGUGGCGAGAGUCGGACACGACAGGAUCUAGAUAAUACAGAAGUGACAGGACAGCCAUGGCAGGGCUCCCUCUCCCCACCCACGGGCGCUGACGGGAGGGCAUACAAUCUUAAUAACAAAAAUGUUAAAGUUAGCGAAAACGCGACUUCUUUUAACAGUGGCUAUAUAGCUACAGAGGAGGAGAGUUGUUUCAGCAGAACACCUUUCCCCGGGGAAUUUCUUACCCCCGGGUCAAGUUUACAGAGCAAUAUGUCUCAAAGUACACCCUUCCUUACCCCUAACGGGAGGGACGGAGUGAAUGAAAAGGAAAAACACGCAGAUUCACAGGAGGAUUUGGAGAAGAAUGGGAAGUUAGAGGGUGCGGCAGUGCACCCCGAGAGAGAAACAUGGGGAUCAAAAGUGGAUUUUCUAUUAUCAGUGAUUGGAUUUGCCGUGGACCUGGGAAACGUGUGGCGAUUUCCAUAUAUAUGUUAUAAAAACGGCGGAGGUGCGUUUCUGAUUCCGUACAUCAUUAUGCUGGUGUUCUUAGGAAUUCCCCUUUUCUAUAUGGAGCUGGCUCUUGGACAGUACCAGAGGUGUGGCGCAAUCAACGUAUGGCAAAGAAUAUGCCCCAUGUUUACGGGUAUAGGGUACGGGAUCUGUUUCGUGGCGACCUUUGUGGGAAUGUACUACAACACUAUCAUAGCGUACGCCCUGUACUACCUGGUGAUGUCGUUCCGGGCGGAAGUUCCCUGGACACACUGCGGAAACCAUUGGAACACUGAAUACUGCGUCUCCGUGGUGGACGGUUACAACAAAUCUCUAGUCACCAACGACACCAUGCUGGCCGCCUCGGAAUACUACCUAUUCAAGGUUUUGGAGAUCCAGAAGUCUAACGGUGUAGAACACGUUGGGCCUCCAAAGUGGGACCUGCUGAUGUGUCUGCUGGGGGUGUUCGUCGUCGUCUACUUCUGUUUGUGGAAGGGUAUCAAGUCUUCGGGGAAGGCUGUGUGGGUAACAGCGACCUUGCCAUAUGUGGUCCUGUUAAUCCUCCUCGUACGUGGGUGCACCCUCCCUGGAGCCACCACCGGGAUAUUGUACUAUCUACGGCCUCAGUGGUAUCGACUCAAGGACGUGAACGUCUGGUUGGACGCUGCCACACAAGUCUUCUUCUCCUUGGGACCAGGUUUCGGGACGUUGUUAGCUUUGUCUAGCUACAAUAAAUUCAACAACAAUUGCUAUUUGGACGCCAUGGUAACCAGUGUGAUAAAUUGUCUCACGAGUUUUUUGGCGGGAUUUGUUGUGUUCUCGGUGCUCGGCUACAUGGCACUUCUGCAAGGACGGGAUAUUGACAAGGUCGCUGUCGAAGGCCCUGGCCUUGUAUUCGUAGUUUACCCAGAGGCCAUAGCGUCAUUAGAUGGGUCCAUUUUCUGGUCGAUCAUUUUCUUCCUGAUGUUGAUAACACUGGGAUUAGAUAGUACGUUUGGAGGACUGGAGGCGGUGAUCACGGCUGUGUGUGAUAACUUCGGAGUCGUCAGGAACAGGCGAGAACUGUUCGUAUUAGCCCUGGUUGCCUAUUGUUUUAUAGGCGCUAUAUCUACCACAACCUACGGGGGGACGUUUGUCAUUAACCUGCUAGAUCGUCACGCGGCUCCCAUAUCCCUCAUCUUUAUCUGUUUUUGUGAAGCUAUCGCCGUGAGCUGGUUUUACGGCGUUCAAAGGUUCUCAAACGAUAUCAAAAGUAUGAUUGGAUUUGAGCCAGGUAUUUUCUGGAAGGUGUGUUGGGUGGCUAUAUGCCCAGUCAGUUUGUUUUUGCUCUUUGUGUUAUCGAUAUGGGCGUAUUCAGGAAUACAACUGGACGGCUACGUGUAUCCUGAUUGGUCUGUCGCUGUCGGAUGGUGUAUCACGUGUUCAUCUCUCAUUUGCAUACCUUUAUACAUUGUUUGUAACAUUAUCUCCACAAAAGGGACGCUAAAACAGAAACUCUUGAGAUUGUUGAAGCCAGCCUCGUUUCCUGCCCAUGUGCAAGGUGCUAACGGACACGCGGGACACGACACAUACGAGGUUUACCCUAUACCUAACUUGAAUACGCAAGUGGAACACGUCCACUCCAACUCUUUGCCAUAUAUUACAAACAUUCAGUUGAACGGGACACAAACACCAGCAACAGACAGCACGGAAAUAUUUUAAUAGAUUCAGGAAAAAACAUUGUAUAUUAUUAUGUCUGUGAAAUGAAACUACGUGUACCAAAGAGGUUAUGAAACUGUGAGCUGUUCACAUUCGUUUUGACAAAAGUGUUUUUAUGAACAUUAUAUGUAAUUAUCAGUUGAAAUCAUCCGAGUAAGUAUGUGUUAUUUCAGUAGAUGAAUGAGUUGACAAACUCUACCUUUAUUUCCACGAGAGAAAACUGUGAACGACAUUUUGAAUGAGUGUUACUAGUGAGAUCUGAACUUAACCAGAACCAAGCAGAAACACACUGAUACUAUUCCACUCAACGACAGACGCUAUCACAGUUGAAAACGUCUGGAGAGAGCUCUUCAAAUAGAAACCUAAUCACACCUAAUCACACCUACUGUAGAUCUGAACGAAUAUUGUACAAUUAUUUUGCCGUAUAGAAUAGACUACGGCUUUCUGAAAUCUCUCUCGCCGCUUGUGGUAUCGUCUACACAUUGUACCAGUAAACGUGUAUCUGAGGAUACAUAGAAUGUAUUAUAUAUGGCAUUCAGAAAUGGCAUAUAAUCAUAAGAUUUUAACGCUAUAACCAACGAUAGUGCUAUCAUCAGUUUAUGUUGAUAAGAUGUGUGUCUAUAUUUUGAUAUUAAUGAUAGAACGGGCAGCUUUUUUGUGAACACAACAGAACAUUGUUAUUUUCUACCAGCAAACGUUUCUGUGAUAACAGAAUAUCGAUAAUACCUUUUUUUGUAGAGAAAUGAUGCAUACAAAUGUAUAUUUCGUUAUCAAUUAAGCAGUUAUUCUCAAAUUCCUCAAUGUUGACUUAAGUUUGACACCACGUGUCGCUGUACUGUACAAUGGUCAACCUAUUAAUUGAUGCGCCGGAUAUAUACUAUGUUGUACAUCACUGCUAUAGUUCUUUGAUUAAAACCGUACCGAUAAAGAUUAUGAAAUAAUGUUUACAUUUAUUAGAUGUACUGUAAAACAAACCUUUAUGGAAAGAUGAAAAAAAUAAGGACCGAAAUGGAAUUUUUAUACUCCGUAAAAUAGAAAUUAAAGAGCCAUUGUAACCUAGUUGUUUUACUGUGACAUCCGUUCACCCAAAAAAUAAUAGCGGAUGUAUGUUUUGUAAACCUGCAUAAAGCUUGAAAAUAAUAUCAGAGAUGAAUAGACGCACAAACGCACGCACACACGCACAACUCGCCUACAUACUGUAUACCCUUUUUCAAGCGUGGAUACUUUGUUGCAUUGUUCGUUGUUAUGUUAAAGAGAAGAGUUUUGUCAGUUAGUUGUGAAAUAUUGCGUUGAUUUUGUAUUUUCUAUCGUAAAGUAUUGUUAUACGGUUUUGUUGUUUUGUACAUUUCAUGAAGUUUUAAAUAUUUCUGUUUUGUUGUCAAUUGAUAAUAGCUGUAAACAUUAGCAUCUGUAGAUUUUUUGUCAACAUCAUACAUACAUAUGAUCGUUCAUGUGUCGUAACAGUAUUUUUUGUCGACGUCGUUAAUCCAGCCUUUAUAACCCGGUUGUCCCACCUUAAGCCAUUAGUUGAGAUAUCAAGUUGGAUUAUUUUUCUAUAUUAAGUUGUCCCAUGAGUAAGGUUUCCUGGCUCUCUGGUUAUGUGUGAUAGGGAGGGAGAUGACUGGGUUAUUAAAACUAUCUUGUAUAAACAACAAUCAUGAUAUCUUGAGGUUUGAUUAGGAUAUUUUAACGUUUCAUUCUUAUAUAUUAAUGUUUAUUCUGAAAUCGUGAGAUCGCCAUUAGUUGAUUUUGAUAUAAUAACUUUUAACUCUAUUUCAAUUUUGUUUCUGCAAACUUAAGUUUGGAUUCUGAUAUGUUAACUUAAAUUCUGAUUUUUUUAUUUUUUAAAUUGUUAUCUAAUUGUUUAAUUCCGAUAUGUUAUAGUUUUACUUCAGCUGUUCUUAUUUUAAAUUCUGCUGUUUUAAAAAUUAUUUCGGUACUUUAAUUUUAAUUCCCCUAUCGUUAGUUUUAAUUCUGAUAUCAUACGUUUUAAUAUGAUAUCUUAUGUAAAUCAAUAUGAGAUGAAAACAACUAUGAAGUGUUUUCUUUUAAAUCAGAUUAAGAUAGAGUAACGCUAUUUUUCGAUCGCUGGUAACCAUCAUUGUGAUACGGGAGGCAGUUAACGCCAAAAGAUAAAUAUAUAUAUAUAUGUUCUAAUUACGGACAUGUAUGUCGUCAUUACCACAUAUUCAUCUAGUUAUUCUUGUUAUAAUGACAUACAUGUACUUACGUUAUAGUCAUGUCGCGAUUACGAUUAAGUUAUCUUGUUAUAAUGACAUAAUUACGUCAUAGUCAUGUCGUAAUUACGAUUAAGUUAUUCUUGUUAUAAUGACAUAAUUACGUCAUAGUCAUGUCGUGAUUACGAUUAAGUUAUCUUGUUAUAAUGACAUAGCUACUUAUAUAUGUAUCGUAAUUACGCUAUAGUCAUGUCGUGAUAACGAUUUAGUUAUCUUGUUAUAAUGACAUAGCUACUUAUAUGUGUAUUGUAAUUACGCUAUAGUUAUGUCGUGAUUA